GGUCACAAACUCUACACAAACAUUAAGACAUAAUGUUUCCUUGGAAGUCGACGCCAAGCAGCAGCAACAGCCUUGGUGAGGAGGAAACUGAACUCGAUGUGGAGCAAAUUGCAAGGGAAUUGCAGGAGAUGACAUUGUAUUUGGAUGAAAUGGAGCUAAAACUGCAGACGGGUGUGCCGGCCUGUCCGCGGCGUGAAUCAGCCGAUGCCCUACUUGAAUUGCACGGCUCCAGAAAUGGGAAUAUACGCAAAUUGCAGAACAAUUCGCAUAAACUGCAACACCAAUUGGAAGAACUCUUUGAUUGCUCCAAAUCAGCUAAGAAAUCUAUGAUUGAUUUGCAUCAUUCCCUCUGGAAUUUGGAAAAGAAAAUAAGCAUUGCACAUCAUCAAACUGAAGCUAUUGAAUCGAUGAAACUUCACAUGGAUUUGGAGGGGGUAAGAUGUCUACAGCGUUAUAAAUAUUUAAAUAAUGUCUUCUUCAACUGGACUGAAUGUUACGAGGGCGCUAAGGAAAUGAAGAGGAUCUUUAAUGGACGUGUAAAUCGGAUGUAUUCCAAGGCAGCGUAUCAUAAGGAAAAGCGCAAGAUACUCGAAGAGUUGGAGAAAACAGAAAUCACUUGUGCCAGUACCAAUAAUGAACUGAUACAACAAUGUAAACAAUUAAAAUGUUGGGUAUAUGGAUUCAUUGAGUCGGAGCCAUUGUGGAAUUCAAUGGUGUCAUUGGUAACAAUCAAGGCAAUUAAAGAUGAACUGGAUGAAAAGCUGCGUUUCAGACGUAGCUCAUUAUCCCAAGUUCAUUCCUCGGUGUCUUUCUCAACCGGCAGAUAUGAUCGAAUGUUGAGCAUGAUCAAGCAAAUGUCAUUCUUGAAUCUAGACCCAAAAAUCUAGAUGUAAAAUGUGUGGAAAUAUCAUAUAUAAUAGUAUAUUUUUUUAAAUACCAAUUUCACAUUUCUUGCAAUUUUACAAUUCAAACUAACAGUAAUAUUAUUGUUAACAGUCUCAA